AUGGAGGAAUACACCAAUAAUAAUCACGUGAGGGAAAACACAAGUCCAAGUUCAAGUCCAAGGGAAAAUCUGUUGUACUUCUUGGCUGGUGGUUCAAGGGUAGGAAACCGCCACCACCAGCUUCCAUUGAGCACUUUUCAUCUUCAAUCUGUUGGAUCUGAUCAGUGUUUUCAGCCUGAUCAAGUACCACACUCUACUGUGAAAAUCGAGUCCAACAACUCUCCUAUCUUCCAGUACCCUCUAAUGAGACCAAAUCUUCACCACACAACGCAUCCUCAGCAAGGGGGAAGCCAGAGUUCUAACCAACUUGAAGACAUAAAAGCCAAAAUCAUUGCUCAUCCUCACUACUCCAAUCUUUUACAAGUUUACAUGGACUGCCAAAAGGUAGGAGCUCCGCCAGAAGUGGUGGCGCGUUUGGCUGCGGUUAAACAGGAUUUUGAGGCACGGCAGCGAUCUUUGGGUAGGUCCAGGGGAACCUGCAAGGACCCAGAACUUGAUCAGUUCAUGGAAGCUUACUAUGACAUGCUUGUGAAGUAUCGAGAGGAGUUAACCAGGCCCAUACAAGAAGCUAUGGAUUUCAUGCGGAGGGUAGAAACUCAGCUCAACACUCUUUGCAAUGGAACCGUGCGGAUUUUCUCUGAAGCUCGAUUCGACGAAUCUACAGGUAGUAUGAAUGGUGGUACCCCGUUAUUGGCAUACUGCCUCACAAAACCAGGAAAAGAUGAUAAUUGUGAAAACAUAGGUUCAUUAGAAGAGGAUGAAGACAACAACAGUGGUGGAGAAGCAGAACUGAACGAAAUUGAUCCCGGAGCAGAAGAGCGUGAACUGAAAAGCCACUUGCUGAGAAAAUACAGUGGUUACUUAAGUAGCCUUAAGAAAGAGCUUUCAAAGACAAAGAAAAACGGAAAACUGCCUAAAGAUGCUAGGCAAAAGCUUCUUAGCUGGUGGGAAUUACAUUACAAAUGGCCAUAUCCUUCGGAAUCAGAGAAGGUGGCACUGGCUGAAGCAACCUGUUUGGAUCAGAAGCAAAUAAAUAAUUGGUUCAUAAACCAAAGGAAGCGGCACUGGAAACCAUCUGAAGACAUGCAGUAUAUGGUUAAGGAUGGCCUGCAUACGCAGAAUGCAACUCUCUAUAUGGAUGGCCUCUACUUCGCUAAUGGCCAAUACCGUUUAGGGCCAUAA